CAGAUGGUCAGAGCUUUGUAACUGCGGCGGCGGAGUGACCCGGUGGUGUCCGCCUCUGAGCGGUGCGGGGAGAGAAGGCUGAGAGCCACACACACAGAGAGAGAGAGAGAGAGAGUGUGAGUGUGUGAGAGAGAGAGAGAGAGAGGGAGGAGUGCAAUGGGGUUACCAACGCUGGAGUUCACUGACUGCUCUCUGGACAGCCCCGACUUCAGGGAGCGCCUCAAAGCGCACGAGCUGGAGCUCGAGCGCACCAACAAGUUCAUCAAAGAGCUGAUCAAAGACGGCACUAUGCUGAUCAACGCCCUGAAAAAUCUUUCCAUAGCUGUUCAGAAGUUUUCACAGUCCUUGCAAGAUUUUCAGUUUGAGUGCAUCGGUGAUGCGGAGACGGAUGAUGAAAUUAACAUUGCUCAGUCCUUUAAAGAAUUUGCACAGCUUCUCCAUACUGUUGAAGAGGAGCGAAGAAGAUUGAUCCAGAAUGCCAACGAUGUUUUAAUAGCACCCCUGGAGAAGUUUCGCAAAGAACAAAUUGGAGCAGCAAAAGAUGGAAAGAAAAAAUUUGAUAAAGAAAGUGAAAAGUAUUAUUCUGUAUUAGACAAGCAUUUGAACUUGUCCUCAAGGAAAAAGGAAGCCCAUUUGCAAGAGGCUGACACACAGAUUGAGAAAGAAUGGCAGAAUUUUUAUGAAGCCUCGUUGCAGUAUGUGUUCAAAGUUCAAGAAGUACAAGAAAAGAAGAAAUUUGAAUUUGUCGAACCUCUGUUGGCAUUUCUUCAAGGGUUAUUCACAUUCUACCAUGAAGGUUAUGAGCUGGCUCAGGAGUUUGCUCCAUACAAACAGCAGCUGCAGUACAAUCUACAAAAUACCAGAAAUAAUUUUGAAAGUACCAGGCAGGAGGUGGAGAGGCUGAUGCAGAGGAUGAAAUCAGCUCCCCAGGAUUACAAACCCCCUGGCCAGUGGACAAUGGAGGGAUAUCUCUAUGUACAAGAAAAACGACCCCUUGGGUUUGCCUGGAUAAAACACUACUGCACAUAUGAAAAAGCAACAAAAACAUUCUCAAUGACCCUGUGUGAACCUAAGUCGGGGGGCAAAGUGAAUGGCCUUGUGUCAUGUCCAGAAAUGUUCAAACUGAAGUUUUGCAUUCGAAGGAAGACUGAUUCAAUUGACAAGCGCUUCUGUUUUGACAUAGAAGUGGUGGAAAGACACGGCAUUAUCACACUCCAGGCUCAGUCUGAAGCAAACCGAAAACUCUGGUUGGAGGCUAUGGAUGGAAAGGAACCGAUUUACACACUGCCAAUCCUUUGCAAGAAAGAAGAAUUGUACCUUAACGAAGCAGGUUUCAACUUUGUCAGGAAGUGUAUUGAUGCCGUGGAAGCAAGAGGCAUUAAUGCCAUGGGAUUGUACAGAAUGAGUGGUGUAAAUUCCAAAGUGCAGAAGCUAAUGAACACAAUAUUUGCUCCUAAGGCAGCUCCUGACAUGGACCUUGACACUGAAUUAUGGGACAUGAAAACAAUCACAAGUGGUCUUAAAAACUACCUCAGGUGCCUUGUAGAACCACUGAUGACUUACAAGCUACAUAAGGAUUUCAUUGGAGCCGUCAAGUCAGAUGACCAGAAUUAUCGAGUUCGUGCUGUUCAUGCCCUAGUUUAUAAAUUACCGGAAAAGAAUCGAGAGAUGCUGGACCUUCUCCUGAAACACCUGGUGAAAGUAUCCACCCACAGUCAGAAAAACCUUAUGACUGUAUCCAACCUGGGUGUCAUUUUUGGACCCACCCUGAUGAGAUCCCAAGAGGAGACUGUAGCAGCAAUGAUGAACAUUAAAUUUCAGAACAUUGUGGUUGAGAUUCUGAUUGAGAAUUAUGAAAAGAUAUUCAAUACUCCACCAGAUCCAAAUGUUCCUCUUCCCCAACCUGAGCAGAGAUCUGGAACGAGGCGAAGCAAAGCCACUUGCCUCUCCACAGGUCCAAGAAGGAUCUACACUCCAACAUUAUGUCUGGCUGAUGCAGACAGUGACACUUUCAGCAGCAGCCCUGACAGUACACCAAUGGGAAGCAUAGAGUCCUUGUCCUCUCAUUCAUCAGAACUAAAUACUUCCUCCAAAACUAGCUCUUCUCAGCACCAUUCACAAAGAGAGAUGGGAGUUAGUGGAUUACAAUGGACCUCGGGAUCUGCCUCAUCACCUGGACAGAAAGGCGCAUUGAUCUGGACUACGAGCCCAGAAUUGAGCUCCAGUGAAGAUACAGUUAAAACAGAUGGCCAGUCAGAUUCUCAGAGUGUGUCAUCUGUUACUAAUACAACAAAUGCAUCUCAGCCCUUAAGCUUGUGCAGUGAAGGUCCUCAUAAAUUGUCUGGACUUAAAAGAUCAAUAACUACCUCUCUAAAUUCUCUUCCUACAACAGAUGGUACCAGUACUAGAGUGUUUAGCAGUUCUGUUCAGAAUCUUUCCUCGGUGGAGUUGAAAGACAUGCCUAAGACUGCAUCCAACCCAGCAAUUCCUCCCAAAAUGGCUACUAGAAGAAGAUUAGAUUCGUCAGCAAGCAAUGGUUAUCAGAAACCAGGGUCUGUGGUUGCAUCUAGAACUCAGUUGUUUGAAAAUUUUGGCCUUCCUAAACACAAUUCCUUAGGACGCCAAGCAAAAGCUAUGUAUGCUUGUAAAGCAGAGCACAGCCAUGAGCUUUCUUUCCCACAGGGGGCAAUAUUUACUAAUGUGCACACAUCGGUGGAACCAGGUUGGCUACAGGGAACGUAUGAAGGCAAAACGGGACUGAUCCCUGCAAAUUAUGUUGCUUUCCUUUGAUAACUGCUGGCACAAGCAGAAAAUCUCCAUGGUAUCCAUGAAAAGAGAACGCUUCAUACUGAGAAUGCUUUACUGUAUUUCAAUGCAGCAAAAGGCAUCUCAGCUGCUCAAAAGGGUCUUGAUUGCUUUCUGAGUGUGACGCCUGUGGAAUAUGUGCCUCCCUUGACGUAUGGAUUAAACUAAUUUGGUCUACAAAAUAGUGUUUCUAUCAUAAGCCCUUUGUUUAACUGUCCUUAUUUAGGCAUAGCCAUAAUCAUGAAAGGUUUUGCAACAACGUGAUGAGAAAAGCUAGUGUCUGAAUUCAGUCAGGAUGCCUAUGUUUUACAUAAUGUUUGUAUUGCUAGGCUCUUGUUACAAUGCUAAAUGGUUGGCACAGUUUAUAUUUGAACAGUCAUCAAAGCUUUAUUUUUAUUAUUGAUUUUAGUUUGCUGUUUAUUGAAAAGUGUGCUACUUAUGGAGAGUGAAUACAGGAACUUGUACAUAUGGUCAGGGCUGCAAUACAAAUUCUCUUAUCAAGUUGAGUCUAUGAGUUGAAUCUAUUUGGCAAUGGGGAGGGCGGGGCUGCAGAUGAUUUUCACUUAAGUUAUUUUUGCUUCUCCAGCCUAAAACUUCCCAAAUUAGGUUUAAAGUUAGUUACUUUGGAAUUCCACAUGCAUCUAAGCUUCAGGCGUCAGCAGGGAGGUAUGGAUGCUGGUGACUGCUUUUGUUUCUGGAACAAAUCAAGCCAUUGUCUGUUAAGACAUUACUUUUCUUGAACUUAAUGGGAUGGUUUUAUCCGAAUGAGUCCCCAGUAUCAUUGAAAUCUAUCUACUUUAGCAACAUAACAAGAAGAUCUAAAUUACAUUUGCAUUUUGGGAGAUUGAUUUCAAAUGUAACUUGCUUUGGUUAAUACUUUAUGAUGCCCAAACACUUAUGAGCAAGUAAACUCACCAAAACCAAGGAGUAAUUCAGAGUUUCAAACAACAAAUAAAAAAUAAUUGUUCAUUUCCUUUCAACUGGCUUUGAGUUCUUCCUGGCCCUCUGAUUCCUUGCCCACCUUGGCCUUACCUCCUUUAUCAACCUUAUUCUCAACUCACUUACCACUACCACACAUCCCCUUGGUGCAACCUCCACCUCCACUCCUUUAAAUACCAGGCCUGUGGUGCCAAAUCCAGCCCCAUAGCAUCCGCUAAAUUUGCUUGGCCAUACCAAAGUCUCUGGCUUCACCCUUGCCUCAGUCAAAUCGUCUUUCUAUUCCAGUAUCAUCCUGAAGGCUAAAGACAAUGCUAAAAUCCUUUUCUCUACCUCUGACUGGCUCCUUUACCCACCUUUCCAUGCCCCCCCCAUCCUUGCCUCCAACGUCAAAUGUAUCUGGGUUUCCUGCUUGCCAGACCCCCCCCCCCCCCCAGCUUUUCACUAUAUAGACUGCAGAACCUCCAGGGACUUUACAGCCCACUUCCUCUCCUGCACAAGGCUCUGCAAGCCUCUUGUUCCCCCAUCUCCUUUGCGGAUCAAAACUAAGAUCCUCGUUGUUGCAUUUAAAUUCCUCCAUGGUUUCAUCUUGCCCUUCCUCUGCCACCUCUUACAAUCCUAGUGACCCAUCCAACAUAGCCUACCUUACCGUUUGACUGCAUUUUCAGUUGUCCACACACACCUUAUCCCCCGGCUCGCGUGCCCAGCUACCUGUAAUACAGAGCUUUGAGACAUCCUACUGAUAUAAGACGCAUUAUAAAUAUAAUUCUUUUGUAUUAAGAUUCAGGAUAAUUGGGCUGUUUGUAAAAAGAUUUAAUCUUCUCUUAGCUGUACAUUAUUGUAGUGGUCCCAGCAUAUGUUCUUUAGUCCUUAUUCAUCAACUAUUGUGUGCAAGAAGCCUACACUUAUUUCACU